AUGUCAAAAUUGAGUUUCCAAAAAUUUUAUGGUAGCUUUUCGAAGAAGCCAACCUCCCCACCAAAAAAUCUAGCCCAGAAGAACAAAAGCUUUAAGCCGAGACAACCGGCGCAUGCAGAAACGGGUAAUGAACCAAAGAAAGGUGAAAUGAAAUAUGUUUUUGAGAAAUUCGACAAAAACAAAGACGGAAAAAUCAGUCUUGAAGAGUACAAAGCAGCUGCAAAGUCUUUGGAUAAAGGUGUUAGUGACAGUGAGGCAGUGAAAGCAUUCAGAGCCAUGGAUUCUGACAAAGAUGGUUUCAUAGACUUUAAAGAGUUCAUGGAAAUGUUCAAUGGAGAGGGUAGUAACACAAAAGAAGAUGAAAUUAAGAAUGCUUUUCAAGUAUUUGAUAUAAAUGGUGAUGGGAAAAUUAGUGCUGAAGAAUUGUCUCAAAUAUUUAUGAGGCUAGGUGAGAGUUGUAGCCUUGGUGCUUGUAAGAAAAUGGUGAAAGGUGUUGAUGGGGAUGGAGAUGGUUUUAUAAACUUGAAUGAGUUUACAAGGAUGAUGAUGAAUGGGAAGAAAUUAGCCUAA